AUGUCGCUAACUGGAAUACUACUUGAUGUUUCUGGUUCUAUGGAGAAGAACAUUGGAAGCGGUACUGACGAAGAAGGUGGACCAUGGGCUCAGUCUAUUUUCAAUGUUAUCGAUGACCUUAUUGAACAUGAUCUUACGUCUGAGAAUCGUGUUUUUGUGCUGAAUGUCCCGGCAAAGAAAUAUUUGAUGUUAUUGCAACUCUUCAGCAAUUUGAAAACACGAACAGGCCUGCAACUGAAGACCGCAUCAACGAGAUCCUUGAUAUUCUCGAGACAAACGGUGCACGCAACAUACGUAAUUGGGUUGGCAAUGUUAAACCGAUUCAAGAUAUACUAUCUGAUUAUAUGGCAACACUGACUCUGCGAGAAUUUGAGUUGGACAAACAGUUUGUCAAAAAAUUUGUGGACGAUUUUUUACCAUCCAGUUGUCGUGAUAAAGUAGAAGCAGCAUCUCAUGCUGGCGGCCAACCUCGAACCCAGUCUUUCAAUCUGAGUGAGAGGAGCGAAGAAUCAAUCCCGAUCUUUCUCGUUCCAAGAACUGGCACAUCCACAAGCCCAGAUUUUUAUUUUCAAUCCAGAGGAGCGCAGAAUGAAAACUGGGGUUCAUGGUUGCUUGGCGGCGUACUAUUUGGUCUACGUAAAGUAGCGAACGGGGUAGAGGAUGCUACUUCAUGGACAGCUAGUUGUCUUAGAUCAGCUACGAGAGAAGAUAUUGAAGAAGUUGUAAGAAAGGCAAAAUGCUAUUUAGCCUUUCGCGUUUUAAAAGACGUAGGGACCCACUCUAUAUUCAGUGUGCAAGAUGCUUCCCGCAUUAUCCGUGGAUGCGUUGGUGAAAAGAAACUUAACGAACUUUCUAAAGAGCGGAAACAAGAGUUACUUGAGAACGUCGAGCCUUUCAUUUAUGGCGGAACGCCGUUGUAUGAAUCUCUCGAAAAGGCAAUAAAGCUUUUCGAAGAAGACUCUUCUGAAAACAAAUUGCUUUUCGUGCUAUCAGAUGGAGAGCCUGCAGACGGCAGUAUUAAAGAUAUCGCCAAGAUCAACCAAAUUACCUCCAAACUAAGAAAUGCAGGCGUCAAAAUAGUAUCUUGUUUUAUCACUGCAUCCACAAAUAUUGAUCCAAAACAAACAUACGAUGAAAUUUCGCCUGGUUGGGAAUCUGGAGCCAAGUUUCUGUUUUCGUUGAGCUCUGAAGUACGAACACAGGAUUUAGUGGCACGAGCCGUUUUGGUCAAACGUGGUUGGAAGAUCGACAUCGCCAAAAAUGAAACAAAAUUGUUCAUCCAAGUCAAUCAUCCGGACAACUUAAGGUAUAUUUUGGUGGGAGGGACAACAGAAAGGGACCUUAUGGGGGUAGUAAAUGGAGAAAGCACGAGUAGGUUGGAGGAAAGAGGGAGGUCCAGGAUCUUACAGAAGAAAAUUUAGGGGCUUGAUUUUCUGUAUUUUCAGGAACAAUUGUUUUGGAUAUACUAGUAUUCCAUCAAGACAAACUAAUUUUUGUAAUAUAAUCAUAAAUUGUCAAAACUCAUAAAAUAUUCAAACUUAGUUAUGAAUAUCUAAAAAGUACUGAACAGCAAAAUUUUCUAAUUUCCAAACUAAUGAUAACACUAUCAGGGAUCUUCCCUGGGGGAGGAGGCAAGUAAUUUCGUGGCGGUGCCCGCAUUACGGGAACUUAAUUAGUUUAACUUAGCUCCUCAGCUUAUCUGUUGAACAGGACCUGUCGCGCUAGUCUGCUCUCUGUUGUUAAUAAUCUGACAUUUUAUGUAACCACUUUCAGCAAAGCUUGCGAAAUGGCCAAAGAUGUCGUCUGUUCUUCAGAUGCCUUAUCUGAUUUGCUGGUAUCAGUUGACCUCGACAUAUAUAUCAACCAAACCACUGAAGAGUUUAUACCGAAUAAACAACAGGGAGGAACCUGCUAUGCGAAUGCAUCCGCUGCUGUUCUAGAUUUGGCAAUGAAACGAAUUCUCGGUCGAGAAGGAGGUUAUCCAAAUUUUCACGAGUUAAAAGAUAAAAUUAUCAAGGCUUACGGCAGGAAAGGUGCUAAUACCAGUGAAGUUCUGAAGAAAAUAUGUCCGGAGUACCGUUUACGCUGCCGCAAAGUCUGCAUCAAAGGGGCUAUGGAAGCUAUUGCGGAGAAGCGCCCCGUGGUAUCAAGAUUUCGCCUCACAGACAAUGAAUGGAAGAGUUUUAAAAAGUUUUACCUGGAAAAUCCAAAAGGUAGUAUACUCACGCAAAAUGAGCUUGAUGUUCGUAAGCGUCCAAUCAGUGCUCCCCUAAAAGGCCAUGCUGUCGUUUUGACAAGUUACAAUAGCAAGUAUUUAACCUUCAUGAAUUCUUGGGGAGAAAAGUUGGCAGACAAUGGAUUCUUCAGAGUGCAAAAAGCAGAAGUGCUUGGUGAUCAGCUAGAAUUCUUCGAUGUUUACUGGGAGUUGGAUGACCUAUCCGAAGGAGAAAAAGAGUAUUACCGCAAACACGGAUCUGAAGUAGCUGCAAAGUUGAUGAAAUCGUUGAAAGGCUUGCAAAAAGCGAAAUACACCUGCCCAAGAUGUAAGCAAACAUCGUUGGUUACUGAAUUUAAUGGAACGUUGUCGAAAGUUCAGUGUCCGAAAUGUCCGCACGAAUUUUCAACCAACGAUAACGCAGGGAACAUUCUAGCAUUAAAUAUGUACUUGACAUCUUUGAGUAGAUAACAAUGCUCUGUAUGUUGAGGUGUAUAUUACUCGAAAAAUCUUUAUAAUCCAUAUGCAGUAUUAUUGUAAUCUAUCGCAGUAACUAAUUUUUUGGUCUUGAAUAUAAUUGUAUAUCUGUGCAUGAUGAGAUAACUAUGACAGUAUAAGUUAUCUGAAAUGUCAAUAUAGUCGAUAUAUAUAGUUUCAUAAAGUUGUAAUCUAUGGUACGAUUUAAGAAAAGACGGAACAGUUGAGAUAACUUCCCAAAGGCCAAAGGACAUGCAUACGUACUUAAUAUGAUAAUCACAUAUAUAUUUCCUAGCAUAUAUAAAAUGGUAUUACUUUCAUCAAAUUGUAAAAAUACAAAUGUAAAUAUAUCUUACUUUCUUGGAUGUAGAAUGAGGGGGAAGGGGGGGGGGCUCAGGAAGGUUUAGCCUCCCUUGUUAGAAGCCCCCUUUGUUAAAAAUUUCAUGUCGGUUUGGGGGCUGCCAAUAUUAUAUAUUCAUAGCCUGGAACGUUCUUUGUAACUGUAAUGUUGAAAUGAUGCGGUAAUGAUGUUAAAUCUGUACUUGAUUGCUAUGAUCAUACUUUAGUUUAUGUACCUGGCUCCAGCAUGAAAAUAUAUCAGAAUCACCCUCCACACCUUGUCACCCUCACGUCUUGUCAUCCCCCUUUUUUAAGAGCCCCUUCUUAUCAUUCCAGUUGUACACUACUGCUCACUUUUACUUAUUACCCGAUGUCCUGAUUGCAAAUGUCUAAAAGACCUGAUUCCUGAUUGGCUAGCAAGCACUGCAGGCUAAAGGGUUAAUUUUGGUUGCGCAGUCAUCACAGUAGUCUGCUCGCAGCCUGAAAUUUAGAAAGGGAAAAUUUCAUCUUCUAAAUGUCAAGCUGCGAGCA